AAACUCCAUCAACAUCUCGUCUUUUCUCUCUAUUUCCAAUACCAACCACAGCAAUAAUAUUCCACAUUGCAGCUCCCUUAGUGAAGGGCGCGCACGUCGCCCCAUUAGUGCGCGUUCCAUCCAACAACGCCAUGGCCUCUUACCAUAAGCCCAUGCUGUUGAUUAUGUUCCUGCUUCUAUCGAUGAUUUUCGUUUCUUCUUAUGCAUUGUCAGACAUUGAAAUCCUUCUUAAGUUCAAAUCUUCUUUAUCCAAUGACACUGCAUUGGGAAAUUGGGAAAACAAUAAACCUCCAUGCAAUGGGAGUCGUGCCAAUUGGCUUGGUGUUCUUUGCGAUAAUGGUACCAUUUGGGGUCUACAGCUUGAGAAUAUGGGACUAUCAGGCACCAUUGAUGUGAAUAGCUUGACCAGUUUAUCCGGUUUAAGAACCUUAAGUUUUAUGAACAAUAAUUUCGAUGGUCCCAUUCCUGAGUUGAAGAAACUUAAUGCAUUGAAAUCCAUUUAUUUAUCCAAGAAUCGUUUCUCUGGAGAAAUUCCUGGGAAUGCAUUUGCAGGUAUGAUUUGGCUCAAGAAGUUGCAUCUGUCCCAAAAUGAGUUUAUGGGUGCAAUUCCUGAAUCAUUGGCCACAUUGCCGAAGCUUUUGGAGCUUAAACUUGAUGGGAACCAGUUUUCAGGUCAAAUACCGGAUUUUAAACAGAAGGACUUGCAGAUAGUGGAUCUCUCCAAUAAUGGGUUGGAGGGUUCUAUACCAGCAAGCCUUAGCAAGAUGAAUGCCAGCAUGUUUUCAGGCAAUAAAGGUCUUUGUGGGCUACCAUUGAAGACAUGUGAUUCCCCUGCUGCUGACUCGAACUCUGGCUCCAGCUCCAAGAAGCCCUCAAUAGGGGUUAUUGUGAUCCUUGUCAUAGUUGGGGUGUUCGUAUUACUUGCCACACUGGCAUUCGUCAUAGUCAAUCGACAGAAAAGGCAACCACCUCUAUCAAUGGAGGCUCCACCGUCAAACCUUCGAACAAAAGCAGGUUUCAAGGAAGAAGAAUAUGGCUCCCCAGGGUGUUCACAACACUCAAGGAAUGGAAAGAAGGUAGAGACUGUAAAACUUUCUUUCACGAGUGAUGACAGAGAGAGGUUUGAUUUGCCAGACUUGCUAAAAGCUUCAGCUGAGAUAUUGGGAAGUGGAUGCUUUGGGUCAUCUUAUAAGGCUGUUCUACCAAAUGGGCCCGAGAUGGUGGUGAAGAGGUAUAAACAAAUGAAUAACGUUGGGAAAGAAGAGUUCCAAGAGCAUAUGAGGAGAAUAGGGAGACUGAGACACAAUAACUUGCUUCCUCUCGUGGCUUAUUAUUAUAGGAAGGAAGAGAAGCUUCUUAUCUCUGAUUUUGUUCAAAAUGGAAGCUUGGCUGUUCAUCUACAUGGUCACCAAUCUUUGGGGCAACCAGGCCUUGAUUGGCCUACUAGAUUGAAGAUUGUGAAAGGAGUAGCCAAGGGCCUCGCAUACCUCUACAAGGAGUUACCUAGUUUGAUUGCACCCCAUGGUCACCUCAAAUCCUCAAAUGUUCUCCUAAAUGAAUCCUUUGAACCCCUCAUUACUGAUUACGGUUUGAUCCCUGUAAUCAACCAAGAGAGUGCUCAAGAGCUCAUGGUAGCUUAUAAGUCACCUGAAUAUGUGCAUCAUGGUAGGAUUACAAAGAAGACCGACGUAUGGGGACUUGGGAUAUUGAUUUUAGAGAUUUUAACCGGAAAAUUCCCUGCAAACUUCUUGCAAAAGGGUAAAGGAAGUGAAGAGGAUUUGGCAACUUGGGUGAGCUUGGUAGUUGGAGAAGAAAUGUCGACAGAGGAGGUGUUUGACAAAGAAAUGGGAAAAGCAAGUGAUAGGGAUGGAGAAAUGCUCAAGCUAUUAAAGAUUGGAUUGAGUUGUUGUGAAGUAGAUGCGGAGAAGAGAUUAGAUAUAAAAGAUGCUAUUCAGAGAAUUGAAGAAUUAAAGGAGACGGAUGGUGAUGAGGAUUCCUACUCUUUGGUGGCUAUUGACUAGUGGCUAGCUAGUGAAACAACAAGUCCUCAGGCAAUUCUCUUUUAGUUGAAGGGUUGAGAGAACUAAACUCUUUGGUUUGGUUUUAUAAUUUUAUGGGAUUUUGAAGGGUACGAUUGAAGUUGGUAUUUGGGUUUCAAUGCAUUUAAUUUUUGUUUUUGAAUCACUAGAUUUCCAUAGGACUUAUAUAUAGCUUGCAAUUCUUUCCUAUCUUCCUUAUAUUUUUAUCCACAUAUUAUAUUAAUUUACAUUGCUUA